AGCCCAAUUAAAACCCCCCAUCGACUCAUUCAACAAUUAAUCAAUUAAUCACUCUUCUCGCAGAUAUUGUGAGAAGAAAGCUUCGUUGAACAAAAAUGGGCGCUUUUCUCAAGCUCAUCGACGUCUUACUGUUCCUCAUCUUCCUUAUACUCGCAAUCCUUUCUCCUCUAAUUGAUUUCCAGCUUAUUUUCCCUCAUACCCUUUUCCCUGAUUUUCUCAUCGAUCUUAAAACCUCCUACACCCGCCAAUAUGGGGACUAUUUAAUGGCCGAAUCCCCUCCCUUCCUUGUUGGCCUCGUUUGGCUCGAGCUUUUCUUUCAAUGGCCGAUAAUGCUUCUCAAUCUCUACGCCUUCUUGGCUUCCAAACCAUGGUACAACACCACUUGCUUGAUCUAUGGCGUUUCUGUUGUCUCUUCUAUGUCUGCUGUAUUGGGUGAAAUGGUUGGGUCGAACCGAGCAUCUACUACUCUCUUGACUAUCUACUACCCCUUCUUGGGUUUGGGAGUUUUGGCCAUGCUACGUGGGCUCGUGCCCUGCUCAAGCAAGGCUGCAAUCACUGGCACACGACCAUCAAAUGGCAGGAAAAAGAGGGCUUGAACAGCCAACCAAAAUCGCCAAAGGAGUGCCUGUAUUACCUUUUCCGCACCCGAUUCAGGUUAGUAUUAACUGAGGAUGUUGGUUUCUUUAGGCACGGGUGCAACUCUGGCUAUGGAAUAUGGAUCGUUCAGCAUUUGUCUCGUUAGCAUUUCACAAGUCUUUCAUUGUAUGAGUAGUAAUGGUUCAAAGGGACCCUUCUGAGUUUUGAAUGAGAAUAAGGCCAAUGAACUUAAGAUUUGAUUUUCUAAUGUUCAGGAUUUUUUUUCUCAA